UCUCUCUCUCUCUCUGUCUGUCUCAAAACUUUCAACAAUGCCUCGAUUGGGAACGGAAACGGCUCUUCUCAGGCAUGUAUUCCGAUCACAAUGUGUUUUUUUAAUACUGUGUAUGGUGUGGUGCAGCCCCCCGGACGAUCCCAUCAAGUGUUCAGCUCAGACCAGUAAUUGCACUAUCACCAAUUCCUAUGGUGCUUUCCCCGACCGAAGCGUAUGUCAAGCGGCGGAGACGGUGUACCCAACCUCGGAGAAAGAGCUGGUGGCCGUAGUGGCGAAGGCCACGAUGAGCAAGAGAAAGAUGAAGGUAGCAACUCGUUACUCUCACAGCAUACCCAAACUGGUUUGUCCCGACGGUGAGGAGGGUUUGCUCAUAACCACCAAAUAUCUCAACCAUACGUUGGAGGUGGAUGCGGCGAAGAUGACGAUGAAGGUGGAAAGUGGUGUGACCCUUCGGGAGUUGAUUAACCAAGCAGCCAAGGCCGGGUUGGCUCUGCCUUAUGCGCCUUACUGGUGGGGUUUGACGGUUGGUGGCCUUCUUGGCACCGGUGCGCAUGGUAGCUCUUUAUGGGGGAAAGGAAGUUCUGUUCAUGACCACGUAAUCGGACUUCGGAUCGUCACUCCUGCCGGACCUGAGGAUGGCUACGCAAAGGUCCGAGUUCUCAAUAACAGCCACCCUGACAUGGAUGCCGCCAAGGUCUCGCUUGGAGUCCUUGGAGUUAUUUCACAGAUAACUUUCCAAUUACAACCUAUAUUCAAACGGUCCAUCACGAAUUUGGUGAAGAACGACUCGGACUUGGCAGAUGAAGCUGUUAGGUUUGGCAAUCAACACGAGUUUGCAGACAUGACAUGGUAUCCCAGUCAAGGUAAGGUGAUCUACCGAAUCGAUGACAGGGUCUCCACCAAUCUCUCUGGUAACGGACUGAACGAUUUCAUCGGCUUUCGCUCCACACUCUCUCUUUCUUUGGCACUCGUAAGAUCUUCAGAGGAGAUACAAGAAUCAACAAAGAAUGCAGAUGGCAAGUGUAUCAGUUCGAAGAUAACAACUUCCACAUUGAUGGGUGGUGGUUUCGGGCUAACAAAUGACGGAGUGUCGUUUAAGGGGUAUCCAGUGAUCGGAUAUCACAACCGGCUGCAAGCAUCGGGGAGCUGCCUUGAUAGCCCACGGGAUUCUCACAUCACAGCUUGUCCAUGGGAUCCCAAAGUGAAGAGUCAAUUCUUUCAUCAAACAACCGUGAGCAUUGGCUUGUCCAAUGUAAAGAAUUUCAUACAAGACGUGCAAGAGCUAAUCGCUCUAGAGCCCAAGGCCAUGUGUGGAUUGGAGCUGUACGAUGGCAUCUUAAUGCGAUAUGUGAAGGCAUCAAGCGCCUAUCUGGGUAAACAAGAGGAUGCAAUUGACUUUGACAUGACAUAUUAUCGAAGCAAAAACCCAUUGACUCCAAGGCUUUUCGAGGAUAUAUACGAAGAAGUGGAGCAGAUGGCAUUGUUCAAGUAUGGAGGAUUGCCGCACUGGGGGAAGAAUCGGAAUGUAGCAUUCGAUGGUGCAAUUAAAAAGUAUCACAACUCCCGAGAAUUCUUGAGGGUGAAAGAGGCGUAUGAUCCCUUGGGACUCUUCUCUAGUCAAUGGACGGAUCAAGUUCUUGGAUUACAAACCGGGGUUACCAUAAUCAAGGAGGGUUGUGCCCUGGAAGGCUUGUGUAUAUGCUCUCAGGAUAUCCACUGCGCCCCAGAUAAGGGCUACUUCUGUCGACCAGGCAGGGUGUAUAAGGACGCACGGGUCUGCACACGUUUGACGUCUCACAACAACAUGCCAUUGCAGUUAUAAUUAAUAAUAAAUAAUGGGCAUAUAUUUCGUACAUUUAUUAAUAAUAAUAAUAAUAGUAUGUUGUAUGGACCACCAAUUAAACUGUUGAUUUGAUACCAAGGCCUUCUAGUAAUUCCCAUGCUUUAGAUGAAUCAAUAGUA